AGCUUCAACUUGAAGUUUGUAUACGAGUGAAAGUCCAUAUGAAAAAGAGUCAUAUACCGAGACUAUCCUUCAAGUUCUACGAAGCGAAGCGUUUUAGAUUCGCGAUGUCUGCGCUCGUAUUGAACUUGAUCCUAUCUCUACUCACUGGCACUGGUGCAUCGUGUUUCGAUCGAAUACGCUACUAUGGCGUAUAACCCUGUCACUAGCUCGCGUCGACACGUUCACCGUUUUACAGCAUCGCACUUCGAUCCUGACCGCUUUACAAGGCCGCUCCUGUCUUUCUUUUUAAUCACUUUCACAAACGGAGCGGGCUCGGUCGGUAAGAUCGUUCGGACGUCGUACCAACAGGCCACGACUGUGGGCAUAGAGGUGCGGGUAACCAACGAGGUGCCCGCAACAGAGGAGAACGCACUGAAGGAUGCGGCUCCACCUUGGACAACAAUGUCGGUUCCCAACAGCAGAACCACCCCUACAACCCCUACGAACCCCCAUCCACAGUACUUGUCGCCGCACGUGUUUCAAGGGCGGAACUCUUUGUGUUGUACUAAUGAUUAUACUCUGCGGAGGAGACGUCCGAUGACUCUUCGUAUUGGACCACGGCUGAGCCUGCCAAAUAAGAGUACUUCGGCUCCGACGACUACCACUGAGGGAGAAUGGCCGACACUAAGUUUCAGAUGGAACCGGAAGUGGAGGAGGAAAGUGACCCAGCAAACUGCACGUUCAACUAACGAAUCGGUACCUUACAAAUUACGACAGUGUGAUAGUGAAACGAAAGUUGUAAAUACUAAUGAUCUAACAUUAAAUCCAGUAUUCUUCUUCUUGAUAAUCUAGUUAUUGAAAGAGAUACUUGAACGUACACUUUUGGAAAUCCAGCACCCAAAUAGCACUUAAGAUAAUUCUAUAGAUCGAGCACUAUUUUUCUUCUUUACAAAUUUUACACUGUUCUUCGACGGACCAACACAUCGCUUUUUUACCUCUCUUUGAGACUUUUUCUACCGACGGAACGAGAACGAACGUUUCGAGAGCCAGCGAAGAAGCAGGAUUUAUCGCUGAGAAGAAAAAAAAUCCCGCUUUGUUAGAAAUAACAGGACAACCAAGGGAUUUUACGAGCGGACCCAUUUUAUCUCAGUUUCUCUCCCGUGGGGGCCACAAUCGUGAUAAAAGUCGAAAACGAAGCGACUGUUAACGCGACAGUAACGGAUUAAACAGCUUACUGAAAUUAAAUCCAUUUCAAGAGGCAACAUAAAACUGAUCCUGAAUCUGUCAGUCAAGAAAUCAUAAUUUUUACCAGAGAAUUUCAGCGUACAAAAUAAAUAAUAAUAUACAUAUAAUUGAGAAAAGAAAAUAAUUCAGGGGAUAAAUAAAAAAAGGAGACGAAGAACAAUGGGCACAAACUGAUGGUUCAAAGUAGCGCAUAAUGAAACUGAAAGAAAAUUAAUUAAAAUUAAAGAGAAGCAAAAUCGAAGACAUGUACAACAGGACCUCUUUAAAGUCAAUUAAACAGUACUGAGAAUCUAUAAAACGUAUAAGAUAUAAUCGUAUAAAAUAAUUAAGAAAGUGUAACAAGGCUCCGGCAUCGAUUCGUGAAAUUCCUGGAGGAAAAAGGGAAGAAACUUCAGGAAGGUGUUCUUUUACGAGAAGAAACGUUACGAAGAAAAAGAGCUCGGUGCAAAAGUUGAUUCCCAGUGGGGCAAGCGUCGGUUACUUUCUCCCCUUGUCUGAGGGUUCUCCUCUUUUCCUCGUUGG